UUGAUCUUUAAAUUACUUUAUCUUUGAACGUCAACGUCAAAAUUUUUGCCAAUUACAAAAUUUGACGUUUGUUUUGUGGAACAUGGUGACUGAUUGACAAGCACUUUUGUUUGUUGAUUUACGAUUAUUUUUAACAACAAAAUCGAGUAUCUACACAGCACUUUAUCUGACCGUGAAAGGGUGUUUUUGUAUAGUAAUGAUAAUUUGAACCAUUGUAGAACUACCUACUUUACUUAAACUAAGUAAUAAGUGAAGAAACCAGUAAUCAUGACCGUGAAUAACACUAUAGCUCAUCAACGCCUAAUCCUCAGUGGAGAUAGAGAAAGGUUCAAAGAAUUAUUGAGACGACGACUUAUUGAAUGUGGUUGGCGCGACCAAGUGAGGAUGCUUUGCAGAGACGUAGUAAAAGAAAAUGACACUACCAAUGUUACUUUUGAUAUGUUGGUUACAAAAGUAACACCACGGGCUCGAGCUUUGGUUCCGGACACAGUCAAAAAGGAACUUCUCCAGAAAAUUAAAACUCACCUUCUAACUCAAAAAGAUCAAUAAUUUAUUUAAAAAAGAACAACCAUUUAUCAGUUUUCUGUCUUAGGAUUCUUGGGAGCUUUAAUUAAAACUUAAUUUACAACCAACAGUAUAUUUUAUUUAUAAACACUUUACAUUUAGAUUAAACAAAAAUAUAUAUUGCUUAUACAUAAUACUGCUAUCAGAUGCUAUUUGACUGUCAUGAAAGUAUUGCUUGCCUGACAUUGUGUCAUGGACUUACCAUACAACAAUAUUACAGUUAGAGUAAUGCUAAUGUAAAGUAAAGAUACAGUUUGAGUUAUGAAGCCACAACAUUUAUAUUGUAAAUGUACAUAAUAUGUAUAUUUGAAUUAAUUAGAUGAAAGUAAAACAAUGGAAUAGAUAAACCAAUGGUUAGUUAGUAUAAUUAGCUAGAUAUAUUAGUGAAUAUAAACGAACAUUAUUGAGCUAUAAUUGCAUAUCAAAAAAUAUUUUUGAGCAAGUAAAUCAUGCUUAUUCGAAUAUGAAAUACCCAUAACACCAGAAUGAAAAUACCCUUCCUCUUUUUAUAUAAUAUUGACUUAAAUGCAAUGUUUUAUCUUAAAUUAUAUUCAUAAUGUCAGGAAUAGCUGCAAUGCAAUAUUAUCAAUAAAUAAAGCUGAUUAUAAAAAUGACACAAACCAUGCAACACCUCAAAAUAGUGAAAACAGUUCAAAAUUUCGCAACAAAAGGUAAAACCAGAAUGUAUGAGUGUAUAAUUGAACACAAUUUGAGAUCAUACUGUAAUAUUUACUGGAAAUUGUUUUCUGCCCUGAAUGCCUAAAUAACUAUGUACAAACAUUUUAUUGACUGCAAAUAAUAGGUUAUGUGAUAAAAAAUUAUCAAUGAAAUGCUAUUAACUUGAUUAGAUACAUAUACAAUAUUUUAUUAGUUAUUCACAAACUAUUGGUUUACCUUUUGUCAGAACUAUCUUUAUGUUACCCCAUUAAUGUGGAAUAAUAAUUAAAACUGCAAUCAUAAAAAUAAAUAGUAGGUGUACUUAAAUGCAUU